UCUGUUUAGUGAACCGGUUCUUUGAAACGAACCGUUCAAAAGAACCGAUUCGCGGAGAUCAGUCGGACUUCCCAACACUGUCCGACUGCUCCCAUAAGCCCUAUAUUACUAGCGAAACAAGCUUUACCUUCAGUGAACGCAGGGAAGAGGCGCGAUUGGCUGAGAACAGCAUCGCUCAGACACAAAACCGAGGAUCAAGCCUGACCAUCCGGACUACAGCAGAUCAAACUCAAACGGCAUCCUCGCACAUUAUGUACAGGGACUGUGAUAACUGCUUCACGAGCGUCGAUCUUUGGAAACUGAAUUUGGGCUAUUCUUUUUGAGUAUAUACCAAAGUGACAUCUUGUUUAAGUUUCCCCUUUCUUUUUUCGCUCUGUUUGCCUUAUUUUGGGGGUUCGUGUGAUGCUCUCUCUCUCAAGAGACAAGAGUUUGGAAACGCAUUCAGCACUGAUAUACUACACCUAGAUCAGCUACAACAGUCCUCCAGCAUGGAUCGCUGUGAACGACUGUUUAUCCUCCUGUUGGGAUGGGGUUAUCUGUUUUGUGGAUACUGUGCUGUGCUUAAAACACCCUUCAUGGGUUUCUCAAAAGACGUGCAGUUAGGACAAAAAGUGGAAGCGCAUGAUAAGCAACAUGCAAAGAAAACCGAGCAGGACACGCUGUCAGAACACAUGCAGAUGCUCUACGCCAAAUUCACCAGCGCGGGAUUCCCUCUCAAAGAUGGGAACACUGUCCGCAGCUUCAAAGGACAUUUGGGCACCAUCAAUGAUAAGCAGUUACAGAUCUUCAACCUCACUUCCCUCACUAAGUCUGAAGACGUUCUCUCAGCAACGCUGCACUACUACAUUGGUGACCUGCAGAACAGCAGCCACAGAUGCACAAGGCACAAGAGUUGUGCUCACCAUAACCUCAGAAGACAAGGUCAUAUUCACCUAGAUGUCUGGAGCUUCAGCUUUGUGGAUAACACCACCAGAACAGUCGGCCAUUUCUCCAUUAACAUCUCCACAAUGUACCAGGACUUCAUAUCAUGGCAGUGGAAAGACAUUACUCGUGUAGUCAACCAAGCCAAGCAACACAACCAGCUUCUCAUAGGCAUUGACAUUGACUCAAAAGGAAGUCAAUCUUGGAAGAAACUCUUGUCUGAUAGGUCUCCUUACAUUCUGGUCUACGCAAAUGACUCGGCUAUCUCAGAGCCUGAGAGUGUUGUGUCCACCCUGCAGAGACACAAAAGCAGACUGGUGCCAAAUCUUCAUAUGCUCGAAAUACAUAAUCGCAGUGCCCCCUCACAACAUCGGACCAAGCGGUCCGCCAACAUCCUGCUGCCGCUACAGAACAAUGAGCUUCCAGGCCCAGAGUACCCUUAUGAGAUACCUACAUGGGAUGAGACCAGCCCUUAUGAUCCAGUGGAGAGUAAACCGGUCAAGCGCCCUCGCAAGAAGCCUCGCAAGAAUCCACGGCACAAGAACCCUCUCCUGCAGUUUGAUGAGCAGACCAUUAAGAAAGCACGUAAAAAGCAAUGGAACGAGCCAAAGAACUGUGCUCGCAGAUAUUUAAAGGUUGAUUUUGCAGAUAUCGGCUGGAGCGAGUGGAUUAUCUCCCCCAAGUCUUUUGAUGCGUACUACUGCUCAGGGUCAUGUCAGUUCCCCAUGCCAAAGUCUUUGAAACCUUCAAACCACGCCACCAUUCAGAGCAUCGUGCGGGCAGUGGGGGUGGUCCCAGGCAUCCCAGAGCCCUGCUGUGUACCAGAGAAGAUGUCUUCCCUCAGCAUCCUCUUCUUUGAUGAAGACAAGAACGUGGUCCUCAAGGUCUACCCAAACAUGACAGUGGACUCCUGUGCCUGUCGGUAAACGCUUUGGUCUUUUCCACCAGCCUCCCUCCCUCAAUCUGUUUCCAAAUUUUUGCACUGGAAGAAAGACUGAAGAUGUUCAUUUCAUAACCCUUGAAGAACUAUCUCUAGCUUUAAGGAUUGUGAAGAGCAAAGUGCUUUUCCAGAAGGAAUUCAUUACUGUUAGCAGGAGGCUUCAUGCAUCAGUAGAGAUAUGAGCAUAUGAAGAGACUGUCUGCGUUUGACCAGGAUGUUCUCAUGUUUCUAUAACCUCAGCAGUUAAGCAUACAGGGGAAAUUUUUUUUGCUGUCAUCCAUCAUGUUUCUGUACAGUUUGUAUAAUCUGUCAUUAUUAUAGCUAUAUUUUUGCUACGGAGGCAUUGAUUGACUCUCAUUGUUCAUAUUCUAUGGCUGCUAUACCGAGGUAGACUUUACUCCAGAGCCUAAAUAUGCUGAAAACUGGACUUUUUGGGGGGGGGGGGGGGGGGGGAAUCUCUUUUUGUUAUGUUUGUCAAAAAAAAUGGAUUUAUAUUAAAAUGAUUGCCUAUAUAAGUUGCAUAUUCAGUUUUCCACAUUAAGCUUAAAACAGUGUUUGAUUUCUGGGUGAUUCUGUAUUGAAUGUCUUUAAUCGUCAGAAAAAAAAAAUAUAUAUAUAUAUUUAUUUUCUCCAAAAAUGUGCAUUGUUACAAACUUAUCUGUAAUGGUGUUAUAUCACAUGUUUCUGUCUGACCUACUAAUACAAGGUUGCAUCCUCACAUUUAGCUGAAUUCAUAAUGUAUAUGCACGCAUUCUGUUUCAGUUUUCUUAUGUGAAAAAAAAAAACGAAUCUGUCAUUCCUCUGAAAACUGCAAAUAGAUUUCAAAAGACCAUACACUAUAUUAUGAGCAAUGUUUCAAAUGAUGUUCAGGAAGAUGAUUCUGAAAAUUGUAUGUAGAUUAUAUUAAGCCUUUGUCUCUUUAACACAACUGCCUAUAUAAAGUGCCUUACCACAUUAAACAGAUUUAUCAUACAUUAAAAUAAAUAUUCCACUAGAAUAUUUAUAUUUCACAAAGAUGAGUGUAACUUAUGUAAUGUUUUAUUUUUGCAGAAUAUUUUUAGUCAGUUUAUUUUGAUAAAAUCUGAUAUUUUGUUCCAGUAAUGAUUUCUGUAUACAUUUUGUACUGUUUUUACUUUAAGAUUAGCAUAGAACUAAAAAAAUGACAUAUCAUAAGCUGCAUGUUCAUAAACGAGGCGAGUUCAAGUUGGAGUUUUUUGUUGCUGUAAUUUCAGCCUAUGGACAACAGAGAAAUGUACACAUACAUGUAAAAGUGGGCUAUUAUCUUAAUAUAUAAUACAUAUGUCAAGAAACACUAUGUAAAGCACUCCUUUAGCAGUUGUGUAAUAUAUAUUUUUGGAAGGCUUCCACCACACUGUGCGUUUUGUAAAUGUUAUGAUGUAGGUGAAAGGAUUGUCUUUGUAUUAUAAGCCUGAUAAGAAAUUAUAUUUGUAUAUGGAAAUGACCUUUAAAAGCAUUUAUUUAUUUUCUGUGCGGUGCCUUCUGGAUCAUAUUUUUUGUGAUGCACAGAGGGGCUUCAUUAAAUAUUCAUUGAGCUUUGCUGCACAAAGGUCAGACAGGGGUGUAAAAGGAAGCAAUCACACGACUCACGUCAAAUGAGUGAGAAUGCUUAUUUCUGUAGCACAUCUCCCUAGUUGAAAGAAUCCCUUUUGGCAGACCAUUCAAAGAAAACUCAAUAAAGUUUUAAGAAUUAUGUA